AUGGACGAGCAGUUUCAGAUGUACAAGACCCCGGGCCAAAACGACAUGCACAUGGACCGCCUGUAUGAACUGAUGACCUCCUUGGGGUACAUGACCAUCGAUGAGGACAUGAUCACUCAGAUUAUGGCGGACAUCACGCCUUAUUCCUCGAUCGACUUGGCGGAGCUUACGACCUUCCUGACAAAGUAUGCCAGGCAUGAGCAGCAGACGAUCAGGUCCGCCUUCGACGAGUUCGACGAGGACGACUCCGGGGAGCUGUCCACCUCCGAGGUUCAGGCAGUCCUGGAGGCGAUGGGCUGUUCGCCCUUUAGGGGCACCCUGCAGAGGCUCAUUGAAGCCGUGGACACCAACCUCUCAGGCACUCUGGACUUCAACGAGUUUUUGUCCCUUUUGCUGGUCUACAGCCAGACGGAUGGCUUCAGCCACAAGGAGGUCCGCCAGAUCUACCGCACCUUCUGCCGCUUUGCCAACGACUCCGCCGGGGUGAAGAAGGUCCCGGAGUUCCGCCUCAGCGCGGCUCUGAUCUUCGACUUCGGGGCGCAGGCGGCGGAGUUGGCCAGGCAAUUGGCCAAGGCCGACAGCCGCAUCUUGCGGCGGGCAAAGUCCAUGUGGAAGUUGGCCGCCACGAACAAGCGGCCGCAGGACAAGUCCCAAGGCCUUACCUUCAGGCAGUUUGUGGCGUGGUCCAGGCGGAUGAAGGAAGCCGAGAUCAGCGAAUACGUACGGCAGUUCAAGAAGUUCGACCAGAGCCAGGACGGCGUGCUGGACCGCUCCGAGGUGAAGCAGCUGCUGAAGAAGAUGGGCUACAUGCCGCUGCGCUCCACCAUCCAAUCCCUCUUCGACUCUGUGGACGGAGACCAAGAUGGCACUGUGAACUUGGAAGAAUACUUGGACGUUAUGGACUACUUCAAGAAGUGGGACGGCUUCACCGGCCAGCAGGCCGAAGAGCUUUUCAAGGUGUUCAACAGGUUUGCCAAAGACGGGGAGAUUUCCACCAUGCAGAUCAUGGACUUGCUGAGAUCCAUGGGCAUCAACACCAGCCUGCGUAAGAUCCAGCAGCUGGUGGCCAAGGUGGACGUGGAUGAGACGCACUCCUUGGAUUUCAAGGAGUUCCUGCGGCUCAUGCGCCUGCUGCGGGAAGCAGAGCUGGAGCAAGCGCGGCAGGCCUUCACGCUCACCUUGCAGGACUCCCUUUCGAAGGCUGAGUUCUUGGCACUCGACCCGGAUGAGGAGGGCGUCAGGAUUCCGGCGGACAAGAUCGAGCUUCCGCUGAAGCUGAUGGGCUUGCAGACGCAUGCGCUAGAGCUGCGUCAGCUCCUGGACAGGUAUGCGCAGGAGGACCAGCUGGAUUUUGAUAGCUUCGUGGAUAUAGUGGAUCACCUGCGCAGGCAGCGGCUGGCAGCGAUCAAGAAGCAGGCCUGCUUCAGCGAUGCCGAAGUGGUGCAGUACCGAGAUAACUUCAGGGUCUAUGACGGCGAUGGCAGCGGGGAGAUCGACCGCGACGAGAUCCCCUUGAUCCUGCAGCCCAUGGGCCUGGAGCUGCGCACCAAGGAGGACCAGAGGCGCCUGAUGACCCUGAUCAGCGACGCCCGCAAGUGGGCCGCCGAGAGCGGCGUGCCGCCCAAGGAGUGUGGGAAGCACGGCACCGCGGCGGUGCGCUUCCCCGUGUUCCUCUUCAUGUGCCGGCUCCUGCAGCGGGAGAAGGAGGCCAAAGCACUCGCCGAGGAGGAAGAGGAGGCAAGGAUCCUGGGAUUCGGGCAGGCACAGGUGAAGAAGCUGCACGCGAAGUUCGGCUUUUGGACGGUGAGGACUCUGGAGCAGUCUCAGGAGGCUGCGGAGGAUAUGGAGGAAGUCAACGAGACCAAGCUGACGCUGCCGGUGGAUGCCUUCUGCCAGCUGUGCACCCACAUCAACCCGAGGUUGGAGGACAGCGAUGUCGACGAGCUCCGCUCCGUCCUUCCUGCGAUCCGAGCGUUACCUCGCAUACGAAAUGAGGAUGGGGUGAAUGAGCUGCUGGAGACAGAGCAGCCGGAAGUUCUUCAAGAAGUCAAGGAGGUGAGCUUUCCCUUGUUUGUUCGCAGCAUCAAGUGGAUGUUGGCGCGCAACAUCAAGGAGAUGCAGGAAGCGCUGAAGCUCUAG